CGUCAGAACUCGAACGUUAAAAACGCGUUUUCUUUGAAUACAUUUGUAAUGAACGAUAUUUGUUGUUGGCCAACUACUCUUGUCUUGUUUUCAAGUUUUAAUUUGGAAAUAAAGUCAUAAAUAUUAUUGUUUUUAAAAUUUAAAAAAUGUAUUUCCUAUCAACACUAUCAAUGGAUCUUCCAAAGCGCUUAUCACGCUUAUCACUUUCGGGAGAUCUGACCCCAUCACAAAACACCACCUAGGACAAACUGUUGUAUUAAUUGCUUCUACUAAACUAAAGCAAAUACUUUAUAUCAAUUUAAACUUUUAAAGUAAUUAAGUAAAGUUUGAAAAAACUAUAACUUCAUUACUGAUUCAAAACAAGAAAACUCUGGGCUAUUGAAUAACAUAUUUUUCUUGUCGCAGUUGUCAGAUUGUAUGAAGUAAAGGUUUUUGAGCAAUGUUUUUAAGUAGCUGAUAUUUACAGUCUUGAUAAGAAGAAAAACUAGAUAACUGAGUGAAAAUGCAUCAUCUAUUGAAAUAUAUAUUUGUCUCAAGCCAAUGUUGCUGUAAAAUGUAUUUACCUCAAUGCAGAAUGUGUUUUCCUACUGUACUUUCAAAUAAUAAAUCAUUUUUAUCGGUACGAAUGUAUAAAAACCAUAGGAUUAUGACCAAUGUUUAUUUUGCGGAUGAUCGAUUUUCAAAACGCCACAAUAAGUUGAAAAAUGCCAUUCGAGAUAAGCAGAUUAUUUUACAACAAACUAAGCAAAAAUUUCAAAAUAAAGGUAAAUUUAUACUGGAUGACAUUAAGGAAACAAAAUCAAAGGUACGGGAUACUAUAAAGGAGAAUGUUUGGACAAUACCUAAUAUGCUAUGUAUGACCAGAAUAGUCUUAAGUCCUUACUUAGGUUAUCUUAUUGUCAAUGGAAACUUUGAGUAUGCCCUCAGUUUUGUGGCCAUAGCAAGCAUAACAGACUUAAUUGAUGGGUGGAUUGCUAGAAAUUUUAAAGGUCAGAAAUCGAAAUUGGGUAGUUUUUUGGAUCCAAUGGCUGACAAAGUGCUUGUGGGUACUAUGUUUUUCACAUUGACUUAUAUAGAUUUAAUCCCAAUUUAUCUUACUGGUAUAAUUAUAUUAAGGGAUCUGGUUUUGAUUGGUGCUGCUUUUCAAAUUCAUUAUAUGUCAAUACCAAAACCCAGAACAUUAAGUAAAUUAUUUGAUGUUACUAAUACCAAUGUUCAAUUAGCACCCAUGUUCAUAAGUAAGGUAAAUACCACAGUUCAAUUAGUCAUGGUUUGUGCUACUAUAGCAGCUCCGGUGUUUGAUUAUGUUGAUCAUCCUGCACUCCAAGCAUUGUGGUGGUUAACAACUUCUACUACAGUUUCAUCAGCAAUAAGUUAUAUAGUGCAUAGAAAAAAGACUUAUAAAAUAUGUAAUAACCUAAAAAGAUAAUUUUCAUUUACCUAUCCUUGAUAAAUACUUAACAAUGUCUUUGACAAAAAAUGUUUUAAUUUUAAUGAAUUUAAGUUUUACAAAUUGUUCUAAAUGUAUAUAUUUAUCAUGUAUAAGUGUUGAAUAGAAUUUAUAAAAUAUUAUAUGUACGAUGAAUUCCAAAAAUAUAUAUUUGUGUUCAAAUUGAUUAGUUAGAAUAUUAAGUUCAAUACCAUCCUUACAAAAUACAAUAUGUAAAAGUUAUGAUAAGUUAAAUUCUUUUACUGACAAAUCAUUCAUAUUAUUUUAAUUUUAGUUAAAAAUAUUAUUUAUUUAAUAAAUCAAACUUAUUAAGUUUAAAUAAUCAUUUUUGAUGUACAUUGUCUAUAUUUUGUCCUAUAAAUUAUAAAUACCUGUAUUUUAUAUAUAUAUUGUUAUUUUGAUGUUAGUAUUGUAUUAUUAGUAUAUUUUUAAGACUGAUUUAGUAAUAUUUUAAUGAAUGUUAUUCUUAUAUGAGCUUAAUAUUAUUAGAAUAAUAUUCAUUUUUAUAUCAGAAGAGUAUUAGUUUUUAAUUAGUAAAUUGUAUAAAGAUACAAGUGAAAUAAAAACUAUAGUGCCCAUUAAUUUCAAAAUAACAGUCUAUAUAAGUGACUUAAUGCAUGUGUCUGUACAGUAGUAUUUGGUAUGUAUAUAAAAAUACAAUUUGUUUUUAAUUUUAUUAAAAGUAUAAUAUAUAUUAUUAAAUUAAUAAUGUUUAUCAGAAUUACUAUUUAAUCAAACCUGUUAAGAUUAAAAAUUACGAUUCAUAUUUAAAUUGAUUCCUACAUGAGCUCCAUAAAGGAAAUCUUUGACACUUGCCAUAAAUAAUAAUAAUGUUAUAUGUUAUAUAAAGUAUAUAGGCAUUUAUAAUUUCCAAAUUAUAAUUUUUUUUUUUUUUUAUGUUAUAUUAUACAUACUAUAUUGAAAGCAAUGAACAAUGUGAUAAACAGCUAAACUAAUUUAAAAUAUUGGAAUAGUAAAUAUUACGAAUUAUGUAUUUCAAUUUUUAAUGACCAAGGGUAGCACUAAAUAGUUAUAAUUAGGAGUUGUGACCAAGUGCCCUAUCUAAAAAACAAGAACGCUUUAUCCUUACCUUUUCAAACUGAAAAUUAAAAAAAUCAUUACAUGUAAUAGUUAUAAUUUUAUUUUACAAAAAAAAACUUAAGUUUUUUAUUCUGUUAUAAGUUAUAACUUAAUGAAUUAAGAUUAUAAAUUAAAAGAAGCAGGUUCACUUUUAA